AUGGUUAUGGUUGCGGGGCAUGCUGUCGUUAUGGCAGACUCCCUAGAGCACAUCUUGCACAAGGAGUCUGACUGGUUCCUGGAAUCCUAUCAGCGUGGCCAGGAUCUGCCUCAGGCUCUUGUCGGCCACAUCAAGGCAGGUGUCGAGGCGGCUGCUUUGGACCCGAAAGCUUUGCUCAUCUUCUCCGGUGGCCAGACACGCGCAGCUGCGGGGCCCCGCGACGAAGGCUGGAGCUACUACCGGGUGGCCGAGUAUUUCGACUGGUGGGGCGAGACCACAAGCCGUCCUGAUCUUUGGACGGAGGCCCAGCAGCGCUCACAGCGCACUUCCACAUAUCUGCCAGUGGCCCAACGCACUGUCACUGAGGAGUUUGCCUUGGAUUCCUUCCAGAACGUUCUGUUCUCCCUUUGUCGGUUUCGAGAGGUUGUGGGCCACUACCCUGACAAGAUCACAGUCGUGAGUUUCACCUUCAAGAAGCACCGCUUUUCCGAGCUGCACCGUGGAGCCCUCCGCUUUUUGGGUGCCAGAUUUUCCUACAUCGGCAUCCAACCUCCCGCUGGAUCUCGCUUUGAUCUGGUGAAGGCAGAAGCUGGAGAGCAGGAGGCUGCAAAGCUUUUCCAGUCCGACCCCUACGGCUGCCACUCACAAGUCUUGGUGGAGAAGAGGCAGGCUAGAAACCCGUUCCAGCGGACUACCCCCUAUCUCCUAUCGUGUCCAGAAAUCAGGCCGCUCUUGGAGUGGUGUGGUCCAGAUAUAUUUCCCGGAUCUCUACCCUGGCGCUCGCCCAGCGAAUUCGCCAUGUGA